AAGGAUCCAAAUAAAGAGAGACGGACGGCUCACAGAGACACCAUCACCAGACAGCCUCCUUAGCAGCAGCCUCCACCCUCCUCAUCCUCCAACAGAGCUCCAGAAGGUCUUUGUCAGGCGAUUGGUUCCCUCCAACAUGCUGUGCCCACUGCUCUUCCUGUCUGCAUUCAUUGUACUGGCAGGUGCUCAGCAACAGUCAGUCACUCAGCCUUCAGUGGUGGACAUCAGCUCAUGUCCCAUCACAUAUUAUGGACAGAAGUACGAGAAGCUCUAUGUGACCUUCACAAGACGAGACAUUGUGAUGUGUUUUGACAAGUUUUACGACCCUAGGAAUGAAGGCGACUGCAUCGUGGGGAGCUCACCUGACAAAAGGAGAGCAGCUUUUAAUAUAGUUCAAGCAGAGUCUGUUCUUGAACGUUGGGUUAAAAAUAAAACACAAACAAUUCAGAACAGUUUGAGAUGCAGUGUGCAAAUAACCAUGCAGAUCAGCAGUUCAAAGAUUAGCUUACACCUAUUCAACUUUGGGACAGAAGCAGCUAUGUUUUUGGAAGCACGUGGCACUGGUUUAGUGGCGUUCUAUACUCAGGUCAGUGAUGUCGUAAUCAACAAAGUAGAGGUUAAUAACAUUGUUUACCAGUCUCAAAAUCAUACCAUAGAUAUCAGUGGAUGCAGACACUCAGAUACUGUGUAUAAACCUGGUACUGUGGUCAACUCUGACCCACAAAUCUGCUCCAAUGUCACCUGUUCUGAGACUGCAACCCUCCAGACCUCUGGUUGUGGUCCAUUGGAGCAUUGUCAAGGCAACGGCAUCUGUGUGUUGGACACCAUGUUGGACUCCACCUGCACUGUGACCGGCCCCACUGUCAUCGACGUCCACGGCCAUAUGAACUCCAUCCAGGAUCGCUGUGCAUACUCUCUGUUCUCGACUCCGUUACUCCCAGACUUCCUUGUUCUGGGGAACUUCAGGGAAAGACGUCGUAAAGAUGUGAGCUUUUUGGACAGUGUGACGCUGCGUGUGGACGGGCAUGACAUUCACCUGGAACAAGGUGGGAGAGUUCAGCUGGACGACUCCACACUGACCCUCAGCAGCUCACCUCAGCUGGUUCAUGGUGUGCAGCUCUCUAAGGACCAAACUGGAGUCACUGCCGAACUCACCAACCUCAACAUCUCCGUCUUCUUUGAUGGCAACACCGCACAGAUCCUCUUAGAAGGACAAGCUGGUUCAUCUGUGGAGGGUCUGUGUGGAAACUCCAGCAGCUCUCUGAGUGACCUGAGGCUCUCUGAGUACAGCUCCACCAGCUGUGAGAUGCAGUACAGUGAGACUGCUGACAGCACGAUCGACUGCAACAGUGUGACUGAACGCUGUAAUCUCCUGAAGGAGGCGCCCUUCUCCUCCUGUAACACUGACAUCGACCCAGAGCCCUACAUAACCGCCUGCACCGACACUUUGUGUAAAUAUCCUGCAGUGGACGGACUCAACUGUCAGUUCCUGAAGGCCUACGCCAGAGCCUGCAGUCUACACAACCACACUCUGGAUGGCUGGACAUCAAAUACCGGCUGCUCCUCUGAGGCCUUCUGUCAGGACAGGACCUGCAGCGAUCACGAGUUCUGUGGUGAGAAGACGGUCAGUGGUGACACUCGCUGCUUUUGUCGGACCAUUUUUGCCUCCAAGUACCAAGCAAACAACUCUUUGGGUGAUGCAACGGUCUGCAAGGAGAACUCUGCUUCACUAACUCUGGUCGGUUGUCUCCUGGAGGACAAAGACAUCAAUUACUCUGCUUUACAGCUCAACGACCCGACCUGCAGGGGUCAGGUGGACAAGCUCACCCACAUGGUGACCUUCAGCUUCAACAGCAGCAACAGAUGUGGGACGGUGGUCACGACCAACAACAGCUACAUCAUCUAUAAGAACACCAUCAGGAGCCAGAAUUACUCUGACGUCAUCACUCGCAAAGACCAAGUCCAGAUCGACUUCUCCUGUGUUUACAGUCAGCCAAGCAUCCACACUGCAACCUUCAGAAUCAGAGACUGGUCCGUUGCACAGCGCAUCACAUCUGGAGCUUGGAAUUACACUCUGACUAUCAAGGCCUACACUGAUGCCGGCCGCACACAACUUGUGGAGUGGAACAGUGAAUUGCAGUUGAACGAGAAAAUCUGGAUGGUGUUGAAGACCGAUGGCUUGGAUGGAAGCAUGGUCAGUGUGGUGACCGACUCCUGCUGGGCAACUGACAAGGCAUCACCCACCAGCAGUCCAAGACAUGAUCUGAUCAUUAACGGCUGUGCAAACCCUGCUGACCCGACGGUGCAGGUGGAGGAAAACGGACUGGCAACCUCCACUUACUUCUCCUUCAACAUGUUCCGGUUCACUGGGGGCUCUAGUGACAUCUUCCUUCACUGCCAACUCCACCUGUGUCCCAAACAGGGGAACAACUGCAUCCCGACGUGUAACACACCUGCUCGGGUACACAGAUCUGCCAGUUUGACAUAUGAACCUGAAGCUCCAGCCUUCAUCAGCGUGUCCUGGACUUAUUAGGUGGUUUCCACGGUGACUUUGAUGGACUGACUGACCAACCGAGUGCUGACCUAAUGUGACAGUGUUCGCAGAGACAAGAGACAUGCUGCUUUUAUCCAUCUCCUUUAUACUUGUACUAUUUCUGCUAAAGGAUGGAAAAAUAAAGCGUGUGGUAACCAGUC